CAGAGGUGUUCAAACACUCCGGGCCCGUGCGUGCUUGCCGGCAAGCCAUGGCAAGCAAUGAUGUGGGGCCGCUGUUUCGCAAAGCUGAUGGGCUGAAGAGGGACGUCGACUCCGUGCUGGAAGCCUUUGCUGCUCCGAAGGCUCAGCAGGGCUCCGACGUGGCGAUGCAGCAGCGCCUGGCGGCACUGUCGGCGGACCUGACAAACACCACGCAGCGGAUACGAGAGGAGGUGGAUGCCAUGCCCGAGAAGGGUAGAGCGGGCUGGGAGCGAAAGGCCUGCCGCUUGGAGGAAGAUGUGUUUGUGAUCCAGAGUGCUAUUGAUAAGCAGCUGGGCGCUUUCUUCAAAGUGAGGAAAGAGGAGGAGAACAGGAAAAAGCUGCUGGGGGACCGGAAGAAGAGGGACGGUCCGGAUGACGAGAUGCAGGGCCUGGCCAAAGAGAACCGGGCGCUGAGGGACUCGGCGUCUGCCCUGGACGAGGUCCUGGACCAAGCCGGCUCCAUCCUGGGCAACCUGGUGAACCAGAGCAAGGUGCUGAAGAAUGCCAGACGGAAGAUUUUGGAUGCGGCCAACAGUAUUGGGGUGUCCCAGAGCCUGGUGAACGUCAUCGACCGCAGGCAGACAGGUGACAAGUGGCUGGUGUAUGGAGGGAUGGCUUUGACUCUCUUCAUCCUCUUCUCACUUUGGUAUUUGCUUCGGAUGUGAGGUGACUCGGUGUGUACCCGGCCUCGGUGUACAGCUUCCGUGAAUUUUCCCGGGCAAGGGCCUCGAGCCCAGGAAAAGGCUGGCAGCUCGCAUGCGUGCUGCGUGCCUGCUCUCCAGGCUUCCGUGUGGCUCAAGUGGCUACUCAACCAAUCAAAGAAGCCCCGACCA